GGAGGAGGACAGCCGCGGAGCUCAUCCUUCUCAAACCCGCCGCGCCAUGGCUCCAUCCCUCAUCCGAGCCUGCCGCAGUCUGGCUCUCUCGACGUGGCUGCUGUCGUUCUGCUUCGUGCACCUGCUGUGCCUCGACUUCACGGUGGCGGAGAAGGAGGAGUGGUACACGGCGUUUGUAAACAUCACCUACCUGGACCCCGUCACUCUGGAGGUCAGGACGGAGAAGACGGAGUGCGGUCGCUACGGGGAGCACUCGCCCAAGAGGGAGGCCAAGGGUCUGGUGGUGGUCCCGGCCCUCCUGCAGGACCGGCAGGCGUGCGAGCCCGGCGUCCGGUUCCCGGUGCUGCCCAACACCGCCUGGGUGGCGCUGGUGGCUGCGGGGAAUUGUACGUACCGGGAGAAAAUCCGGAAUGUCGCAAGCCACAACGCCUCUGCGGUCGUCAUCUACAACGUGGGCUCCAGCAGCAGUAACGACACCAUAACAAUGCCCCAUCCAGAUACGGGUGAUGUGGUGGCCAUCAUGAUCCCGGAGCCUAAAGGACGAGAAAUCUUGGCUCUGCUGGAGCAGCGCAUCAUGGUCCUGUUGCACAUCACCGUAGGAACCAGAAAUCUGCAGAAGUACGUGAGCAGGACGUCAGUCGUGUUCGUCUCCAUCUCCUUCAUCGUGCUCAUGAUCAUCUCCCUCGCCUGGCUCGUCUUCUACUACAUCCAGAGGUUUCGCUACGCUAACGCCCGCGAUCGCAACCAGAGGCGUUUGGGAGAUGCUGCCAAAAAGGCCAUUAGUAAGCUUCAAGUGCGCACCAUUAAGAAAGGAGACAAGGAAACUGAGUCAGACUUCGACAACUGUGCCGUUUGCAUUGAAGGUUAUCGGCCGAAUGAUGUAGUGAGGAUAUUACCAUGCAGACAUGUUUUCCAUAAGCAUUGUGUUGACCCGUGGCUGCAAGACCACCGAACCUGCCCCAUGUGCAAAAUGAACAUCCUCAAAGCUUUGGGAAUCCUACUCAACCCCGACUGUUCAGAUGAGAUUCCACCAGACUACGAGACGUCAGUCGGGGGCCCGCCCACGAACCCCAUCAGCGGCGCCAGUGAAAUCACCGUGAAUGAGAGCUCGGUGGUGCUGGAUCCAGCUGGGAGAGCGACAGACCUGCAGCAGCUCCACCCUGAGGCGGAGCCAGCGCCUCAGCCUGGGGAGAGCCACAGCAUUGCCAGCAGUGAACACCAGCCUCCUCUCAGCAGUGAUUCGGACACCUCCAUCAUGGGGGUGGAGAUCGGCCUGUCGGAGGUGGAUCUGUCCAGGGAGCGGGAGUGUCACGAGGUCAAAUCGAGAUCCAGUCAGAGCUGAGCGUGAAAGAAAAAUAUGAA